UUGUCUCCCUCAGACGCGCUGCUGGCAGACCUGGAAUCCACAACGUCACACAUCUCAACACGGCCGGUCUUCUUGCCAGACGAGACCCCCUACUCCAUCCCCACGGGUGGACACUCCUAUCAAGAUGUGUCAGCGCCACCUCCAGUCCCCCCUCCACCCUCUGCCGAGGCCCUGAACGGCUCCCUGACAGACCAGACCAACUCCCACCACUCCUCCCAGCAGUCUUUAGGUUCGGCCCAGAAGAGCUCAUGGUCCCGGGACAGUAGCAGUCCUCCCUUGCCGCACAUCGAAGAGGACCACGUUUACAGUUUUCCAAACAAACAGAAAUCAUCCGACUCGUCUUCGGCAGCCAUGACCUCUGCCCUGGGCAGUAACCUCUCAGAGCUGGACAGACUCCUGCUGGAGCUCAACGCCGUGCAGCAAAGCUCGCCUUCCUUCCCUACUACAGAGGAGGCAGCUCCACCUUUACCAUCCUGCAGCAUCACCCACUAUGAGAACGGAGGUGCCCCUGACAUCCUUGUAAGCCCCCCAGCUCUGGAGAAGCCAAAGAGAAACGGAACCAGACUGGAUGAAGCCCGACCCACCGUAGAGAGUCUGCUGGAUGAGCUGGAGGGCACCGUGCCUUCACCCAGCCCCUCCACUCGACACAAUGAUUUGGACACAUCCUCUCAGCAGCAAGCCAGAAUGUCUGCUUCCUGUGCCACGAGGGAGCUGGACGAACUGAUGGCCUCUUUGUCUGACUUCAAGCCCAAUUCUUUGGGGUCCCUGCUCGACCCAGCAGGGGUAUCUUCCAGCUCUCACCAACCUCCAGUCUCCUCCUCCCACGGGGUUUCUUCUUCCCUUAGUCUGUCCCACCCAUCUACCUCUCCUCUCCUGUUGUUAAACUCUGGUCUGGAGCUGCAUAUUGAUGAGGAUGGAGGAGAUGGGGGCAUGCUGGUACCCCGUUUGGGCCUCCUUCCCCACAGUCCUGCAUCCUCUCUCUCUGCAGCCAGCGACAUAGACCUGGACUCUGCCAUCGAUGUGUCUGCCGCCAUGCUUUCCUCCCAAACAAAGUCCCUGCUCGUGCUUUCCCAGUCUGCUCCCUCGAAUUCCAGUCUGUUGAGAAGUGGCUCCAGUCCUUCCAAUACCACCACUCCCUCACUCACCUCAGUUAACACCGUCCUGGAAAAUAAGUCCUCCAAGUCUCCGAGUCCCUCUGUGGAGAGGAUAUCCCCUUCAGCCACUUUUAGUCAAGCACAUUCUCCCCCUGAUACCAUGAGUACGCCCUCAGCCGGUUUCCAUGACCAUGGUUUGAAUUAUUCUACAGCAUUUCCUUCAAAAAGCUUCACCCCUCCACUCUCUACAUCACCCCUCCCUGCUUCUUUCUCUAUAUCCCCACUUUCUUUUCACCCCCAAUCAAAAACCUCCUCACCAUCUCCAGCCUCUCCGUUGAUGGUGGCCUCCCCGAUAACCUUCACCAGCACCAGCAGACCACUGAUGGAAGUGGCACCUGCUGCCCAGAGGGACUUCCCCCCCGCCGUGCAGCACCCCCCCGCCACCGAGCCCUCCCUAGAUGAGGCACUAGACAAGCUGCUAGCAAUGAGCUUUGCUCACAACCAUACGGGGGAGCACGGGGAGUCGUUGAAAAUGGACGCUCAUCACCUGGGCAAAGGCAUGCAGGAGGUGCACGAGGAGCUCAUCCUGCCCAUGGACCGCAGCGCCGUCCACCCCGACACUUUCACCAGCGCCGCCAACAGCGAGUCUCUGGACGGAGGCACUGACGGGAACGGAGACCUGGACUGGGCUGACGAGGAGCUGUCCAUGUCCUUACACGACGGACUGGACGGCACCAUGACGCCCUACACCGAGAGGCUGUACACCGACGGCAGCAUGACCCCGCUGACCGAAGCCAGCUGGAUGGACGACUCCAUGACCCCGUCCUCGUGCCCCGGGACCCCAGACGUUGCCCUGGACCUGCCCCUGCUUCAGACCCCCACUCUGGACAGAAUGUCUGCGACGGGACAUCUCAAAUCGGUGAUCAGGCGCACCAAGGAGACUCCCAACGUGCACCCCAUGUACCGGGACGGCCACCUGCGCAGGAAGAUGGGACCCAUCAUUGUAAACAAGAGCACCUCUCAGGACCGGCUGAUAGAGGAGCUGCAGGGUAAGCUGGGAAUCGCGCGCUCGGAGCGGCGGCGCAGGCAGUCGGACGACUGGCCGGCCGAGGGCGUGUCUAAACCUCAGCGCGCCCGUGGCGAGGGGCUUGGCAGCGAGGCCGACAAGGUUCGGUGUCCCGCCCUUUUGUUCUGGAAUUUAUUUCCCCCCCCCCCCGUGAGCUCGGCUGCUCUUACUUUCUGCUCCUCUCCCUCCUCUGUCCCCUUCCUUCUGUUUUUCUCCUGCCUUCAGGUGGUAGUUUCCCCCGAGUCGCCUGUCCCCGUCAGGAAGAUGUUCCCACCCCCUUCGCCCCCCCCCCCUCGUUGUGCCCCUGUUUUAGAAGGGCCUAGGGGACCACCCCCGCCACAGCAGCUCCCUGUCCCAAUCCCCCCACCGCCUCCUCCACCGGCCUCCACCCUUCUGCAGUCCACCCUGGUUCAGGAGCUACUCCCACCCGAACCCCAGCAGAUUUUAAAAGCCCCCCCCCCCGCCACCCCCUAUCCAGAACCCUCCCACCCCCACAGCACAGCCCCCCCCUCCCGUCCUCCAUGCUCCAACCCGCCCCGCACCUCUGGAGCCAGAGCAGCCAGCUGCGCCCAGAGUCCUGGUGUCUGUAGGCUGCCAAACAGAGUACCACCCCGUCUUCCCUCCAAUGCAGGCAUGAGUCCCGCUCUCUCUUCCCUUCUGUUUUUCACUCCUCUAAGAGGAGUCAACAAGCUGGACAACAUGCUGGGCAGCCUGCAGUCUGACCUCAACAAGCUGGGAGUGCAAACUGUCGCCAAAGGGGUUUGUGGAGCCUGCACCAAGCCGAUAGUGGGCCAGGUGAGACCAGAGUACGGCCUGCUGCUGUCCGCUGAAUCCAUAGUGGUGACUGCCAUGGGCCGCACGUGGCACCCAGAACACUUUGUGUGUUCUCACUGUCAAGAGGAGAUUGGCUCCAGGAACUUUUUCGAGCGAGAAGGGCAGCCCUACUGCGAGAGGGAUUACCACAACCUGUUCUCCCCGCGCUGCUACUACUGCAACGGGCCCAUCCUGGACAAAGUGGUCACGGCGCUGGACAGAACGUGGCAUCCCGAGCACUUCUUCUGCGCUCAGUGCGGAUCCUUUUUUGGCCCAGAAGGCUUUCAUGAAAAGGACGGGAAGGCAUACUGCAGGAAGGAUUACUUUGAUAUGUUUGCUCCAAAAUGCGGCGGCUGUGCCCGAGCCAUUCUGGAGAACUACAUCUCAGCACUCAACUGUCUUUGGCAUCCGGAGUGUUUUGUUUGCAGGGAGUGCUUCACCCCGUUUGUGAAUGGAAGCUUCUUCGAGCACGACGGCCAACCCUACUGUGAAGUGCACUACCACGAGCGGCGUGGCUCGCUCUGCUCCGGCUGCCAGAAGCCCAUCACAGGACGCUGCAUCACCGCCAUGUCCAAGAAGUUCCACCCGGAGCACUUUGUCUGCGCCUUCUGCCUGAAGCAGCUCAACAAAGGCACUUUCAAAGAGCAGAACGACAAGCCCUACUGCCACGGCUGCUUCAUCAAACUGUUCAGUUAA